CGUAACGUACUCGAAACCUUGCUUCAUUAGCUUAUGGUUUCUAGGGUCAAAUUGUUUAGGUUUUCGGCUUGUCAUUGUUAUUUAUUCUCGAUCGCUCUUACUGUCAAGUGCAAGUAAAUUUUGCGAGCUUUCUGAGUCUUCGGCUCAUUUUCCCCAUGUUUCUCUUAGCUUUACUUAACUAAAUUUCUCACACUUACUCAGUACUCAACGUCCCUCAGGCCAGAUGCGAACCGCUAUACUCAAUAAUAUGAGAUUCCCUCAUAAAGAUAAUUAGCCAGUCGACAUAAUCUGGGAAGUAAGUCAUACUGUGUUCAGCUCUAUUCACAUGGUUAUGAUAUUUCAAAUUUGAUAAUGGAUGGGUCCCGUUUGUUUUGUCCUCUUUAGAACGGUUCAGAUAGAGUUCCUCAUUCUCCAUGCAUCUUAGCAUCGGUGAAGUCUUAAGUUUUGGAGGUAGCAGACAUACGUAUACACUAUCUUCAGAAAGACACCCUAACAAACGUUGACUAUAUUGCUUUACUUUACGAUGACAUGUUACUCAAGUGGUGUACUAACUUCAACCAAUGCUUAUCUGUGGACGGAAAGCUGAAGUGACAGAAACUCUAGACAUCGUAUAUUUUAUUCGUCACUUGUCCAUUUUGCCCAUUUUUGACUUCGUUAUGUACAUUAUUUGGAGGAUUACACUUCCUUUAGAGAUUUACGUCCUACUAAGAGACUCACUUAUAGACUCAGAUAACAUAAAUAUCUAUAUUAGAGACUCUCAGUUGAUCUUUCGCAACACGACGUGGUACGUAUGUACUUCGGCACAAGUUGUCAUACCCUUUUGUCAGGCCAAACUCGAGAAUAGUAGAGGAACUAACAGUAUGAGUGAUGAUUGAAGAUAAGGCAUCAGAGAUACAAUCCAAAAAAAUUCGUAAAAUAAAACCAAAAAAAAGUUGUGAGGUAUUGAGCGCAGAAUUCGGGGAAGAUGAAUAAUGGAUGCACUUGUGCACAUGUGCUUACUAUAAUCAAGCGAACCCCAACCAGUUAGUUUACACGUAAUUACAUGGCUCAGUUCAGUUGUCGAUUAUGAGGGCUCUGAUAAACAUAGUCUUCUGAUCGCAACAACCCAAACAUUUUUUGGAUGUUUUCCUCGAAAUGCGUAAUGUUGCCACAAGGCUGGUCUGCAUAAUUAUCUAGACUGAUGAUAAGUAAUGAAGUCUGUCGUGUUCACUUCACUUACGCUAGCAGUUUCUUUAGUUUUCUCGAUUUGAUGUCUACGAAAUCUCCAGACUAAUACAGAAAGCUUUCAUAGCUCUUAUCAGAUUGCGUCACCUGUGAUAUGAACAAGAUGCUUGCCAAGGAGGUGGUAUUCUUAAAUGUCUUAUCUUGAAGCUUUUCCAACAUGUACAAAGGUGAAAAGAUGUGUACAGUCAGUCUGCUCAGAAACAUUCGAAAAAGAUUUGAAAUAUCCCCGCCUGUUGGAUAAAUCAAGAAAUAAUAUAAUCCGUACUCCAUCAUUAUGCGAUGUUAGUUACAGUUCAACAAACCGUUUAAAUGAAUUUGAAAAUGUCAACAAUCCUUCAUGUAGUCAUGAUCGACUUGCUCAGUUAUCCGCUUUAAUUGAUCAAUGUUCACAUGGCGAAUUGUUGCAUAUAAAAAAAACUAUAAAACCAUUGUUGAAACGAGAUUUUAUUGCAUAUUUACCUGUUGAAAUUUCUUUACAUAUCUUACAAUAUUUAUCACCUCGAGACAUAUUUCAUUGCGCCCAAGUUUCCAAAACUUGGCAACUUGUUUGUGAUGAUAAUUUGCUUUGGUAUCGUUUGUGUGUAGGUGCUGGAUUGUUUAACACAUUAUUCAACAAAUCCACAAUGAACUUAUAUUCAGGUACCCAUCUGGAUUGUCUUUUAUGUGUAAAUAAACCUACAAAUUCACUUUGUAAUGAGACAAAAUCCCUUUUUGAAAGCUCUAUCAUCAAUAAUAGUAAUAUCACUGAUGAUGGUGACAAUUUUAAGGUACAUGAUUGUGAUGUGUCCAUGAAAAGUGAUCAUAUUCAAUCUUUUGACACUGAUAGUGAAUCAACUUUUGCAUUAUCUUAUUCUGGUAAUCCUUCAAAUUCUUUUAAUUUGAAUGAGGUCAAUUGGAAGUCUUUAUAUCGUCAAGAUUUACAUACUCAGUGCAAUUGGAGAAAUGGUGGACCAUGGCAUCCUAUCAUUGUACCGGCUCAUCAUAAUCAUGUCAUCACUUGUUUAGAAGUAUAUGAAGAAUGGGUAAUCACUGGGUCAGAUGAUUCAAGUAUCUGCAUAUGGGAUAUUAAUACUGGACAGUGUUUAAUUAAUUUAUUCGGUCACCUUGGUGGUGUUUGGUCAAUGACUGUUAUACCACGUCAAUUUUUAUUUCUGUCAGAGCAAAAACAAUUAUCUCAGCAUCCUUUACUUAUAUCUGGUAGUUGUGAUCGAACAGCUCGUGUAUGGCAAUUAGAUGGUCAACAUUGGCCUUGUGUAGCCACGUUGUUUGGACAUCAAUCAACUGUUCGAUGUUUAGCUAGUCAAAAGUUACAUUCUAGUCCAAAAUUUGUUGUUACCAAUUCGAACAGUUAUCAUCGUUCCACAGUUGUAUAUACUAAUGAUAAUAGUAAUAGUAUUGAUGAUAAUACUUCUAAUUCUACUAUUAAUAAUGAUAAUGACGAUGAUGGUGUCGGAGAUGAUGAUUCAGAUAAAGAAUUAACUCACAAUAUAUUUCAUAAACAACAAACCCAUUCUAGUCAUGGAAGCACGCAAAAAACAAAUUACAAUAUUCAUCAGGCCAGCAGUAGUAGCAGUGACGGUAGUAGUAAAUUGUUUCAUCCAAUUCUAUCAAACAAUGAGUCUAUUUCGACGUUUAAAAUGGAGAAACAACAGCAAACUUUUCAAACUGGUCACUUAGUUGUUACAGGUAGUCGUGAUACAACUUUACGUCUAUGGAAUGUAUUAACUGGUGAAUGUAUACAAGAAUUCCGAGGUCAUCGUGGAGCAAUACGUUGUGUUCAGUUUACUGGUGAUCAAAUUGUUUCAGGUAGCUAUGAUUGUACAAUUCGUUUAUGGUGUGCAUUACAAGGUCAUUGUCUACGUGUUUUCAGUGCACAUACAAAUCGUGUUUACACAUUAUUAUUUGAUGGUUAUCAUAUUAUUAGUGGUUCUUUGGAUACGACUAUACGUAUAUGGAAUGCACAUACUGGUGAAUUGAAACAAACUUUCUAUGGUCAUCGUUCAUUAACAAGUGAAUUAGCAUUUGGGUCUGAACAAAAUAUUCUUGUGUCAAGUAAUGCCGAUGAAACAAUACGAGUUUGGCAUAUGAAUAGUGGAAAGUGUGUACAUGUUCUUGCUGGACCUCAUAAACACCAAUCAGCCGUUACAUGUGUUCAAUUAACUCGUAAUUUUAUAAUAUCAUCUGGUGAUGAUGGUACAGUGAAAUUAUGGGAUAAGCAGUCUGGUGCGUACAUUCGAGAUCUUUUACGCCUUGAUGGAGCUGGACGAGGCGGUGUUAUCUGGCGUAUAGUUGCUUCUGAAGAACGUUUAAUAUGUGCUGCUGGAAGUCGAAUUGGUAUGGAACCGACAAAAUUAGUUAUUCUACAGUUUCAAGAACCAAAUCUUUGUUCAAAACACUCGAACACUAAUAAUAAUAGUAAUAAAAUAUCUCAUAUCUGUCGGCCUAGACAUAAAUAUGCUCCAGAACCGAGACUUAGUCAACUAAUAUGCACCAAUUUCAGUACAAUCUAGUAUUUUACCAUUACUUGUUGGAGAUAAUUAGGUUAAAUUUAUUAACUGUUUUAGAUACAUUUCAGUGAAAAGUGUUUGGAGAUUCAUAUUUCAUUGAAUUGUGUACAUAAAUCAGCUUGUUUACUC